GUUAAGCGAUUUCUUUUUUGUGGCAGCUAGAUAUGCUGCUAUGUUCGAAAAUCAUGCAGAAAACAUCUAUCAACAAAGAAGGCAGGAUAAACCUAGUAAUCUAGUGGCAAGGGAUAUGAAGAAAGAGUAA